GAUUACGAUUUCAUCAAUGGCGGCUUUAGAUAUCUUUACAAGCAACAACAAAGAUAUCUAUUUCAAUCCUCUCAUGGAAACUGCUUCUGUUUCUUUCCAUGAAUCCAACGAAACCUUUGGUUUUAACCAACCUAAGCCUCUCGGUUUAAACCAGCUCACACCAUACCAAAUUCACCAGAUUCAGAACCAGCUUAACCAUAGACGCAACACAAUCUCAAACCUUUCCUUAAACCCGAUCCCAAUGAAGAGCUUCUCACCUCCUUCUUCCUCCAAAGCCAAGAAUCUUUACAGAGGCGUAAGGCAAAGGCACUGGGGAAAAUGGGUAGCUGAGAUCCGUUUACCCAAGAACCGGACUCGUCUCUGGCUCGGAACGUUCGAAACCGCUGAAAAAGCUGCCUUGGCUUAUGACCAAGCUGCGUUUCAGCUCCGUGGAGAUAUGGCGAAGCUUAACUUCCCCAACCUCAUACACGAAGACGUUAAUUCUUUGCCUUCCUCUGUCUAUGCCAAGCUCCAAGCUAUUUGCAAGAGUUUGAGAAAAACAGAGGAUGCUUGCUCUGUUUCGGAUCAAACAGAGGAGAGUUGCUCUGUUUCAGAUAAAACAGAGUUUUUCCUGCCAAAAACAGAGCUUUGUCUGCCGAAAACAGAGGAGACUUGCUCAUUUUCAGAUAAAAUAGAGUUUUUCCUGCCAAAAACAGAGCUUUUCCUGCCUAAAACAGAGCACUUAGAGGCAGAAGAGUUCUCCGAUGGGUCACGAAGAAUGGAUGAGAACAUGUUGCCAGUGGGAUAUUCGUCCUCAGAUAUAAAACUCCUAGAUUUCUCGGACUACGAGUUUGAAAAGACCGGAAGUUUCGGGCUUGUGAAGUUUCCUUCAGUGGAGAUUGAUUGGGAUGCAAUUAGCAAACUAUCUGAUUCUUAAAAGUCUUUUAGUUCAUGUAACUUGUUCUCUGCAACUGAAUUUUUUAACAAGUUGUAGAGGAUCUUGUCAUAGUUUUAUUUUGUUGAUGGUUUUACUAAUCUAGCUAGUCUCCAUGUUUUUGUUUGGUUUGGGUAGGCUUGGUAAUGUUUUAAGGUCCUCGCCUUUCACAAACCGGAGAGACUUAUAUAUGUAUUCAAAAGUUACUA